UGUCCGAGUUCUCGCGAGAUUUCCCUCGAAAAACCGCACAACCGCGUUUGUGUGGCGUGCAUGCUAAAGUACCCCAAUAACUUUGCCAACUUCCAUGUAAAACCUUUUUAGUUUCAACCGGUAACGUCAAUUGUACACGGGGAACACCGUCACCAUGAGUAUACUUGCCAAAAUAGCAGAAAUUGAAAAUGAGAUGGCCAGGACGCAGAAGAACAAGGCCACAGCUCACCACUUGGGUCUGCUCAAAGCACGUCUUGCCAAACUCAGGGAACUCAUCACACCUAAAGGAGGCAGCGGUGGUGGGACAGGAGAAGGUUUUGAUGUAGCGAAAACCGGUGAUGCUCGUGUUGGCUUUGUAGGCUUUCCUUCAGUAGGAAAGUCUACACUGCUAAGUAACCUUGCAGGUGUAUACUCUGAGGUUGCUGCCUCACGAGUUCACCACUCUAACUUGGUACCUGGAGUCAUUCGGUAUAAAGGUGCUAAAAUUCAGCUCCUGGAUCUCCCGGGAAUCAUUGAGGGCGCCAAGGAUGGAAAGGGCAGAGGCCGACAGGUCAUCGCAGUGGCUCGAACCUGCAAUCUGAUUCUGAUAGUGCUCGAUGUGUUGAAGCCUCUUCUUCAUAAGAAGCUUAUAGAACAUGAGCUGGAAGGCUUCGGCAUUCGGCUUAACAAGCAACCACCAAACAUCGGUUUCAAGAAAAAGGACAAAGGAGGCAUCAACUUUACUGCUACAUGUGCACAGAGUGAGCUUGACGCUGAAACAGUUAAGAGUAUCUUGGCAGAGUACAAGAUCCACAACGCCGACAUCACUCUGCGCAGUGACUCCACAGCUGAUGACCUCAUCGAUGUGGUGGAGGGAAAUCGCGUCUACAUCCCAUGCAUUUAUGUGCUCAACAAAAUCGACCAGAUCUCCAUUGAAGAGCUCGACAUCAUCUACAAAGUGCCCCACACUGUGCCCAUCUCAGCCCACCACCGCUGGAACUUUGAUGACCUGCUGGAGAGGAUGUGGGACUACUUAAGGCUUGUGCGCAUCUACACCAAACCCAAAGGCCAGCUUCCUGAUUACACGUCUCCUGUUGUGCUCCCCAAUGAACGAACUUCAGUGGAGGAUUUCUGCAUGAAGAUUCACAAAAACCUCAUCAAAGAAUUUAAGUAUGCACUUGUUUGGGGCUCCUCUGUAAAGCACAACCCUCAAAAGGUGGGCAAGGACCAUGUGAUGGAGGAUGAAGAUGUUAUCCAGCUGGUGAAAAAGUAAAAAAAAAAAAAAGGAGUCUUAAUCCUCACUGCAUGACCCAUGUUAUCACAAAGUGUUCUGUACAGCUGCUCAAUAAACUACCGGACAUGUCUGUCAUUACAGCAUCUGUUGUUUUUGCUUUCAUUGAUUUAAAACAAUGGCAGGUUAAAGUGUCAUAUUUAAAGUAACACACAGUACUUAACACCAUGAAUAGUUCAUAUUGAAUAUUGGUUAAGGCUUCCAUUGACUCCUAAAAGAACUGUACAAUAAAAUCACAGUGGAAUCUCAA